CACUCAAUCUCAGAUCUAGCUCAAGAGCUUGAACACUUUCAGAUCUUCUAGUACGAAAUCACCAUCUAAGAUGUCUUAUUCAUCAUACAGUUCUGGCUCAGCUACAUGGCAAGAGAAGCUCGAAGAGAGAUGUCGCGAGGCACAAAUUCGUCCUCCAGUAUUUCAGAUCGUGUCAGAUAGAAGAGGCGGACGAACAGCAUGGUCUAGCACGGUAACUGUACAGGGCCAGAACAUUUCUGCACGAUUCUGGUAUGAUGGGCAGUACGUCAACAAUGCGAAAGAGGACGCAGCAGAAGUGGCACUCAAUCGUUUGACUGGAUCGAGCCCAACCUCACCCACUCAAAUUCGAACUGGGUGGUAAUUUCAACAUAACCUAGAACUACCGAUACUGCGGCCGACGAUUCGAUUUAGCCUGUAGGAUAAGAGAUGAUAAUAGGAUAAUUUGCCGUUUGCUGCAGCUUCGGCAAGGAUGAGAGAAUGCCAAUAAUACUUCAGGCGUCGGAUGGUUUUCGCCGUGGAUUUUUACAGGACAGCAAGGGCGCUGGAGUUUGAAUGCGUACAUGUUAUUCCCAACAGUUUUCCUGAUAUGUUUUUCUUCUUGGGAGGUGGUGUGGAAAAGCUUGUUUUUUGGAUAUGGAAUAUCUUUUAUCUCUUCGAAUCAUGGAAUGGUUCCAGAACUUGGUACUAGCAAUAAAAGUGGAGGUUCUCUCUGAAUUAUUAAGACAUGGAAUGGAUUAGAUACUCACUUACACAUCAAUUUAUGACCUGUGUGGUGGUUAUUUAAGUGAACUUCUUACUAUCAAACGUGCAAAAAGCAGAGGUCGACGCCAUCAAAGGAACUCAAUGUCACCGUAACACACAUCAAACUCCAUAAAUGAGUUAAAAUAUUGUUCUA